AUGGGUUAGGCUUAGCCUGCUUAAAUGAAUUCUCAGCAAGAGGAAUAAUCUAAUGCAAAAUUAACUCAAUAUCCUGCAUAAAAAAAUGAAAAAAACGUUGAAAGUUAAGAAUUAAAUUCUAAUCAACCAAAUUAAUAUUAGUUUACCCAAAAUCUCAAUAGCCACUAAAAUGAUAAAGCAGAUUUAUAAAAUAUUGAUGAGGAAAUAUAGAGCGCUUAGGAUAUUGAAAAUAUUUGGUUGACUAGAACUUUUGGAAUAUUUACAAAUACCUAAUAGAUUUAUGGUAAGGAAGUCGAUUUUAUACCCAAGAAUUAAAUAUUGACAGUUGAUUUUUUAAUAGAACAAGUUUAUUACCAAUUUUUAACAUCCUCCUAGUUUACUGAAUAAGAAAAACUAGAUUUCCUUAUUAAAUCAUUGUCUUCUCUAUCUAAUUCCUAAGUUACAAAUGAAAUAGUGAAUUUGGCUGAAGGCAAAAUCAAAAAAGAAAGAUAUUUUGACCUCUUAAAUCAUAUUUAAGGUCAACUACUUACUUGUACAUUAUAUCCUGACGCUUUUGAGUGGUAAAACAUUGAUGAAGACCCUAAUGUCUUUGAGGAUGCUAAAAACUUUAGAGCCAACAUUAUCUUUAAUGAAAUAUUCUGCUCAAAUAAUUUUGGCAUAUCCUAAAAUACACUUAUAAACUUAUUAGAUUAUUUAGAAACAUAAGCGAGUGAAGAUGAUUCAUUUAAAUUUUUAGAACUUAUGUUGAAGAGAGAACUCAAAUUAUAUACGCGGUUAGCUUUUGACGAUAUUCGAUUAUAAUAGCAUUCACUUGCUCUAUUGCAUAUUUUGGCAUAAUACAAAAAGCUGAUGGAGAAACUAUUAUCAAACAGCUGGGCGUAUUGCAAUUUCGAUUUGAUUAAUACUGGAAUUAAUUUUUAAUAAAGAAGCUUAGUUGGGAUUUUGUUAUCCUUAAGCUCCUUUCCAACAGAUGGACAUCUAUGGAAAAGCCAUUUCUCGGAUGAUAGGAAAUAGAUGAUGGAGCAAAUGAGUAGUUUGAGAACAAGAAUGUUUACAAUCAUAGAUGAUUUAUGCAUGCUAUUUGAAAAGAUUUUGAAUUCAAACGAAAUACUUAGAUAUAAAUUUUUUGAAUUUUUAUCUAAUAUCAUUAAAUUGAAUUUAAAUUUAGAAAAAUAAUUGAACAUUUAGUUGUAAAAAUUGUCAUCAAGUCCAGGAUUAGUGAAUCAUUUAUUUUAUAUUCUUACCUAUCUAUUCAACAAAUUUGCAGAUUCAUAAACUACAAUUAACUUGUUCAUAAAGAAAAUCGAUUUAAAUUUAUUAAGUUAUUGUAAGAAACAUCCUCUCUUUUAACCUUUGUAUUAGAAUGUUGACUUGUUGGCUUCAGAAUUAACACCAUUUGUUGAACCUAAAGAGUUUAAAACUAUUAUCGAUCCAAUGACAGCUUUAUAUCUAUUGACUUAAAGAUUAAGUCAUAUUGUGGCUACCUGUUUACAAUAAUUUUACAUCUCAACAAUUAUGAGAGAGAUGAAAGAUUUACCGCAAGAGGCCUUUUAAACUUAAGUGUUUGAUAUACUGUUAAAAAGGAAAAUCUCUUUCGACCUAUAAAUUUUACACCCUAAGGGUAUAAAAUACAUCACUCAAUUUUUAAGUUUUGCUAAUUAAUUAGCUUUAAGUCUAAUAGAUACAGAUCUAAAACCUAUUUAUCCUUAUGGAUUAUUGUCGGCCACCUUUUUAAUUGAUACCUAAACAUUUGUAUCAAUUUAUGCUUAUAACGAUGAAAUUAUAAACUAUGUCAUAGAAUUACAAAAAUGUUGUGAGUUUGCAGCAAUAUCAAUGAACAAAAAAUUACUUCCAAAUCCUCACUUAAGAAUAAGAUCGAUAAAUAUAUUUUAAAUCAUUGAUGAGACAAAAGGUUCAUUUUUGUAAAAGUAUACACGGUAAAAUUGGAGGCAAUCUUAAGAACUUAAUAUUUUGUUUGACUCCAAAUUCCUUAGAACAUGCCUGGUUGAUGGAUUAAUAUAAUCUUUUAUCGAUACAGAGAAAGUGGCAGAAGGAAAUCAAUAUUUCUAGAAGUUAAACAUUAGAGUUAAAAUUUGUUUAAUAAUAAGAUACCUCCUUUAAGUACAUAAAAGUUUAUAUCAAGAGAGUUUGUUUCACGGAUUUAAGAAUGAUUAAGAACAGUAAUUGCACUUUUCUAAUUACUUUUUGAACGACUUCAUAUAUGUAAUAGAGGAAUGCUUAUUAUCCUUAAAAAAUAUAAAGAAAUUAUAAGUUGAAUAACAGUCCUUUUUCUAAAAUCAUCAACUUCAUAAGUUGCAAAAAGAACUAACUAUUAAAUCAUAAUUUUUUUAUGAAUAUUUACGAUCAUUAGAGGUGAUAACUUCUAUUUAACCUGAAAUAUUUUUGAUUGAUGAAAUUAGAGAAAAAUUAGCAAUUCAUUUAAAUUAUAUUUUAGAGCAAAUUAAUGGUAAAUCAUCUGAAGAUAUUGCUUAGAAUAUUGAUGUAUAAAAUUUCGAUAAAAUGUUUGUUGUUGAAAUUUUAAUAAAUGUCUACACUAAUUUGAGAAAAAACUAGUAGUUCAUUCUUGAAGUAGUUAAGGAUGAAAGAUCAUUUUCAGUUGAAUUAUUCAAGAAAACAUAAAAUGAAACAAAAUAAUACAUCAAUUAUGAAAAAUAUAGCUUAUAAUUUGAAGAAUUCAUAAACUAAGUUGAAGAAUUAAGUUAGAAAUAAAAAGUCCUUUUUUAAAAUUAGGAAGAUAUACCAGAAGAGUUCUUAGAUCCAUUAUGUUUUUCGUUCAUGAAUGAUCCAGUUAAACUUCCUCAUUCAAAUGUAAUUGUGGAUAGGCUCACCAUUAAAAAGCAUCUUCUGAAUAAUUCAAUUGAUCCUUUUGAUAGGAGUCCAUUAACUUUGGAUAUGGUGAUUGAGUAGAAAGAAUUAAAGCAGAAGAUAGAUGAAUACAUUGCAAAAAAUCUAGAAAAAUUAAUAAACAAAUAGACUUUAAACUAAGAAUAGAAAUGA